AUGACGGACAGCUGCCGCGCUGGACGUCGGCCCAUCCAGACCAGCGCGGUCAUCGUUCUGGGAUCGAGGCAAAAGCCAGCGCUUCCGCCGCCGUCCCCACCGACACCCUGUGCCUCGCCGUCCGACCAGGCCCUCAUGGUCGAUCCAACAGACGAGCCAUUCAGCCUGGAAAAGCAGCCGCGCGGGAGACUGCCCGGACACGAGCCCGCCCAAAACAGCUACCAAACACGCCCCCAGGAGUCGCCGUCCAAGGAGAGCCGCCUCCGCCGCGGCUUGCACGUCCUGAGCACGGAAGCAGUGGCACUGGCCGCCCUCGCGCAGUUGUAUGAAACCGACCCGGCCGCCCGCGAGGGCUUCGACAGAGCCGUCCAGGUGAUUUCGCGCCAGGGCCUGACGAGCGGAAAGCUCGUCGUCAUUGGCGUCGGCAAGUCGGGGCACAUUGGCAAGAAGCUCGUCGCCACGUUGCAAAGCCUCGAUAUACGCGCCGUCUUCCUGCACCCAACCGAGGCUCUGCACGGAGACUUGGGCAUAAUCGAUGCCCACGACACCUUGCUCUUCAUCACCUUCUCUGGAAAGACGCAGGAGCUCAUGCGGAUGCUGCCACACCUGGACGACGGCCUGCCAACCAUCCUUCUCACAUCCCAUACUCACCGUGACGGCUGCGAGUUCAUCAAGUGGCGUCCAAAAACCAUCCUGUUGCCCGCUCCCAUCCCCGAGAGCGAGCAGGCAUCCUUUGGCGUCUCUGCACCGUCCACAUCGACCACGGUCGCACUGGCGCUGGGGGACGCAUUAGCCAUCACCGCCGCCAACGAGAUUCACCACAACGUGUCUGUCGCAUUCGCAAAGAAUCACCCGGGAGGCGCAAUCGGCGCGGCAGCAACGGCGGCGGCCGCCGCCGCCGCGAAACUGCCGCAGAGACUAAAACACAUUUGCGUCUCAAUGGCGGACAUGCCCUCGCUCGAGGGCCCCAACCUGUCCUCCGAGGCUACGGGUCUUGAUCUUCUCCGGGCUGGGUUUGACUCCAAAUCCGGCUGGGUACGAAUAGGGGAUAAAAUCGCGGCGCCCAGUAGAAUAAAGAAGAUCAGCAACAGUGCUUUGAACCAGACCCUCGGGGAGCUGUCCAGCACCUUCGUGUCUCGCCACGACAUGAUUGUCAUGUCGUCCGACACGACCAUUCACCAAGCGGGCAACAUGAUCCGGACGACCCGACCAGAUGACUCUGGCGACUUGUCCUGCGCAACAGAGUCCAUUGUCUGUGUUGCCGACGGGGAAAACGUCAUCGGGGUGGUCGAGGCACGCCAUCUCCUCGAGGUCACACAGCAUCAGCAGUAG